AUGUGUGACAUCCCUCGGAGCGGUUGGGUCGACUCAAGGGUCAAUGCCCGAGGGCUGAGACGGAAACAUGCAGCUUGCAAGAAAGGGCAACUCACGAGGGUCCCAUUCAAUAUCGAGAGGGUACGAUAUGCGAGGCAAGGCACACUCAACGGAGGCUGGUGCACCACCAGUACCGCUGCAUCAGUACUCCAUACCAAGCACAAGCAUCAAGCAGAAGCAGAAGCAUCAGCACGAGUCUAUCUGUUCCGAAUUGUCGGGCGAGUUCCGGAUAUUGCUCAAUGGUCCUUGCUGACAAAAAACCGGCUCCGAGUGGGAGAAGCAUCUCUUCGAGACCAAAGCAGAAGAGCAUGCAUACUGGGCCCCCCCUCUAGGCUCUAUCAACCUAUCCCCAAAUCGACAACUGCAUCGUGGUCUUGGGUCUUCUUCCCCUGCCCUUUUGGCCUUUUUCAUCCCCAUCCAAAAAGCAAAAACACAACGCACCCCCUGAUGCCGUCUCUCAUCGGUGUGCUUGACGUUACACGGCACUGGGGUCUCAACUGCCAAGUCCCACCGAUCACCGUCCUGAAUAAUUACCUUGACGUCGUUCAUCGCGGGCGAGGCUCCGUCAGUACCGAGCAUCUGGGGCCCUCCUUCCUGGCAACUGGGAACAAGGCAUCUUGGACACCGGACAAAGGUUGGGUAAAAAUUGGAGUCGUACGUCAAAUGGUGACGGGCGAGCAGAAAAAGAUCCCAAGAGGAGACGGCUCACAUUACGAACUCUCAACGUAUCUGCCUCUGUGGACUCUAUUCGCAGGGAACUGCCUUAGCUUCAGUGGAUGCAUAUCAAGAAAAACCCAGUCCACACAGUCCACAUAUCCUAUCCAGCCAUCCCCCUACUCGACGAGUAGACCGGGAUUUCAAAGAGAAAGGGGUGAUCCCAGCAGAGACACGUUUUCCAUGACCGUUUGUGGGCUCGAAGAAGCGUUGCGUCCACGAUACGUACUACGCAACCCACCUAGAAAUACGAUCACGACUAUUGACCGAGAAAAGGAAGAGGAGACGCAGAGGCAGGUUUCAUGA